ACGAAGAAGAACUUUCUUCUUCUUCUCCUUCUUCUUCGGCAGCAGCAGAAGCCGCGAUGGAGACGGACGGAGAAACAAACCAGGAAAGCGGUAAACUGGAGUUCUCUCUGGACGUUCCCUUCCCGUCGGCCCGUGAAGCCUCCAUCGCUCUGCGCUCGCUGUCGCCGGACCGCGAGCCGAGGAAAGGCGGCAUCACCAAACAUCUGACGGUGGCAGGAAGCACUCUGUCUGUGAGGUGGAGCGCCGACGAGGCUCGAAUCCUGCGCGUGUCGGUGAACUCCUUCCUGGACCAUCUGAAGCUCGUCCUCGAGACCAUGGAGAUGUUUGGGCCUCCGGUCGACCUGUGAAGCUCCACAGGAGACGUCUUCAUUCAUCUCCGGACUCGGGGCGACAUUUGGAGGAAACUGUUUGAGGAACUCUGAGCAGCUUCAGCUCUGAACCGGAUCGUUCAAGUGGAGCUGAACCCAGGUUGUUGCUCUAUGGCUGGAUUUUAUUUAAAACCUCCUGACGCGCUUCCAAACACAUUAAGAAACUUUGUUUAGAAUAACUUUAUGUGUCUGACGACGUUUCUCUGAAAAACGCUUCUCAAGAGUCUGUGAAUAUCGACGACAUCGACCUAAAGUCCAUAAUUUAACCGUCAUGUUUCCGUCAGUCACACAAACACUGUUGAACGAACUCAGCUGUUCAUAAAUCAGACGUUUGAGCUUCACAGUGAACAGAACAUCUUUGGAUCUGGACCCCGAGGGACAAAAAUGUUCAUAGUUUUGGUUCAUUUUUCAGUCAAACUGAAUCAAACUGAACUCUGAUUGGAUGUUUUUACGUCACAUUCACGUGUUGAAACACAAAGUUAAACUGCAGGAUGGUUUAGUUGCUGCUUCGCUGUCCAAGGACGGAAAUAAACGAACGAGGAGGAAACUAAUAUGAGUAUUUAUAACAAAUGAGAAAAAAGAAAACUGUAAAAUAAUGUCGACACAGAAUUCAUUCAUUGACUGUAUUUUUUGUAUUUUAUGUUUUCCAAAUAAAAAGAAAAAUCUGAGAAAAUAAA